AGCAUCAACCCAAGAUUGAGUUCACUGUGCCAGACCAUAGCCAGACGAACGAGUCAUUGAAGACUAUAGUGCAGUUCACGUUAUGUAGCCUACUGUUUAGUUAUAUUAUUACCAAACAAAUUCUGCAUUACUUUUGACAGAUUAAAGAAGGGAAGUACCGAUUAAGGAUUUAUCUCUCAUCAUUGAGGGACUAGAAGAAGAAUCCUUUCAACAACAUUCCUCUAAAACCAAUACAAUGGGUCCUAAUGAUUGGAGACCCUUUGUAUAUGGUGGUCUGGCUUCAAUGACAGCAGAAUGUGGCACAUUUCCAAUUGAUACCACCAAAACACGUCUUCAAAUACAAGGACAAAGAAUAGAUGUAAAAUUAACAGAAUUAAAAUAUAGAGGCAUGUCCCAUGCAUUAAUUAGGAUAUUUAAAGAUGAAGGUUUCUAUGCUCUAUACUCUGGUAUAGCCCCAGCAUUAUUACGACAAGCCACAUAUGGAACAAUAAAAAUAGGAGCUUACCAUUCCUUAAAGAGAUUAUUUGUAGCUGAUCCAAAAAAUGAAACACUAGCUAUUAAUGUAUUAUGUGGAGUAGUGGCAGGAGUAUUAUCAAGUACAAUAGCCAAUCCUACAGAUGUAUUAAAGGUGCGGAUGCAAGCACGUGGUCAUACUGCUGCUACUGAUUCUAUGUUAUGUUCUUUUAUAAAAAUAUAUCAAUCUGAAGGUCUUGCAGGAUUAUGGAGGGGAGUUGGACCAACAGCUCAGCGUGCAGCAGUAGUAGCAGGUGUAGAAUUACCAGCAUAUGAUAUGUGUAAAAAACAUAUUAUUAAAUCAGGUUAUCUAGGGGAUACCAAAGAAACACAUUUCUUAGCAAGUUUUUUUGCUGGAUUUGUAGGAGCUGUAGCAUCAAAUCCUAUAGAUGUUGUUAAGACUCGUAUGAUGAAUCAAGAGAAGUUAAAACCUACUAGUGUAGGAAGUGGUGUUGUACCAGUUAUAUACUCUUCAUCAUUUGAAUGUUUGGUACAGACUGUUAAAACAGAAGGUCCCAUGGCUUUAUAUAAAGGUUUUAUACCAACUUGGUUCAGACUUGGUCCUUGGAAUAUAAUUUUCUUUAUGACGUAUGAACAGUUGAAGAAAUCCUAUUGAAUUCCACACAAAAAAAAGAGAGACAAGUGUGAUAGGAGUUCAUUUCAGGAUUUUUUUUACCGGUGAAAUUGUUGAGAGCGAGAAAUCGGGAACCUCUAUUUCAACAAAUGUAUUACAUGUAACCUAUAGAAGUAUUAUGGUUUAAUAUAAAAGGGGUAAUACGACUGUGAUACAGAGAGAAGUUAGAUCAACAUGUACUCAUAUUAAUCUAUAAUCAUCUAUAAAUUUAUAGUGCUAAAUUUACAUUACAUGUGUUUCGCAGAUCUUGCGAUAAGACAAUAUGACAAGAAGAAGAGCUUAUGCAGUUCAUCGACCUGUAACAUGUCUUGAGUUAAGUGCAAGGUUGCUCUCCAAUUUGUCAUUCAGAUGCGUUUAGGUGUGGUCAGAUUAUUACGGCAAGGUCUGUUCAUGUAUUUCUAUAUGUUCAAUUGGUUUUGUAAGAUUUUGAUCUUUAUCUAUCUGCAGUCUUCAUGGAUUAAGGAGCUUAAAUAUUAUGAAAUUUUACAACUCUAGAAACACUAAUUAAUUAUAAGCAGAGACUAUUGUAUAAUGAUAAUAAUCUUCCAGACCCCAAAAUAUGGAUACCAAGCUACAUUUCAAAGUCUAGCCCUAACAGAAAAUUAAGUGGUGUGAUUAUAAGCACUGUUGCUAUAUUGAAACUUUUUAAUUAAAAAAAUGUUUCAUGCGGAUAUGCAUAAAAUUGUAUUUGAUAUUGACACAAAUUACUCAGUGCUCUCUGAUUAUAUUAGAUUCUACAUGUACUUGUUUUACAGUUUUGAAAUGUACAUUUUAUCAUCCUGAGAAUGUUCUAUUAAUCGGAUCGUGUUCAAAAAAUAGAAAUCAACAAUUUAAUCAAAAAUAAAUUGUGCCAUAACUCUUUUAUAUAUGUGUAAAUUCCAAUAGCUUGUUAAUUUGUUUAUUAAUUGGACGGUUACUGUAUAUUGUGCAAUAUGGAGAUAAUAUUAAAUCGUGGUACAAUGUACUGCUGUGGUAUAAAUUCUAAAUAGUUGAUUGUCAACUGUUUAAAAUGCAAAUGGUAGAUACAGCAGUUGAUGUCUUUUGAUACCUUGCUGUUUAUAAUAUUAAUAUUUAGGAUCUAGUGAUUGUUACUAUAACACGACCUAAUUAUUGUUAUAUGUAAGCAUGAGCAUGUUUCACAUGGUAAUAACAUUAAGAAGCCAUAAAAAAGCAGUAACUUCUAAGUUGACACAGUCUCCAACUGAAAGUAUUGGACUCAAAACAUACUGCAGUAUGAUGAAGUUAUAAAAACAAACUUAAACAUACAUUAUGCAAGAGCUAAAUCUGCCUAUUGCAAGUCUUUAACAGACUUCAGAUGUUAUAGAAAUUAUUAACUAGACAUUUAUUUACAUGAUAAGCUCAAAAUCGACUCUAGACCCUCGAAUGGCUUGAAUACAGCCUUGAUUUAAACAAUCGUCCAUUUAAAAUUAAAUCAAGAAAUGGCUUACCAAGCGAGAACCAUAGCCAUUGAGAGAAUGUUACUUGAUAAUCGAGAACAUGUGGGUGGAGUUAUCGUCUGUCAAUCAAAUGAUCGGCAAUUCUGGUAGACGGUGCGGACACAGUUGAUGCCUGUUUCUAGUCUAAACUUCCAUCAGUGACAACUCCGUUCAGAAUAAAGUAAUUUGACUGAAAUUUUCAAUAUUUUCUUUUUUUUUUAUCAUCUAUUUUUGAAUUAUUCUAGCAAGAAUGGCCAACUCUUUAUUAAACUCUAAACUAAUGUAUCUUUAAUAGUCUCUCAAUGGAUAGAAUUCAAUUUGUAUAGUCACUAUUCUCAAACCUGAGAAGAUUGCAAAUGACUUUUGUAUUAUACUUUAGGUCAUUAAAGAUUAUUUUACUAUUUAGCUGAAAUUAUUAGGAAAAUUAGCUAUUCAUGUGUAUGAUUUAGUUAUAUAUUUAUUAGAAAUUGUACGUUCAGGAUCACAUUUAUCAAAUUAGACAUACAAUAUGGCUGCAUUCCUCAUUUUCUGCAGUACCUGAACUAGAGUAUCUCGAAAUUUGAAAGAAUUAAGGUGCAAAAUCAGUGGCAUAUAAUGACAGGAUUGUUGGGAUUAUUAAUAACAAUGACUAACAGUUGUACAACCAUAGUAAAUUAGGCUGAUGUGGGCUUUAUUUGUAAUUUUCAAGAAUGACAUUCAAGACUACAAAGAUUUUUUAUAUACAUGGAUUCGAUCCUCUGCGUGUGAUCAAAAGAUGAUCUGUUGUGGAUUGUGCACAGAACUUUGAGUGUGUAGAAUGUUGCAGUACUGUAUACAGUGUAAACUUGUGUAUUCUGUUUCUUGUUGGACGUUUAGCCAUUGUAAGGGCAAUUUUUUCUCUUAGAGGAUGAAUCAUGCCCAUGAUAGAUUUGAAAGCCUAUGUCCAACCAGCAAUUAGGCCUUAGAUUCUUUUUAGCCUCAGCUUACACUUUGGGAAUGUAGCUCUUAAUGCCUAGAUUAGUCAACCAAGAAUUCAGUUUAAAGUCAUCAGAUUAGAUAAUUCUUGUGUUUCUCAUCAAUGUGCCAGCCGCCAUCUUCUUGCCUGUAAUUCAAAAGGUUGUUGGCUAAAGAUUUAAUUGACUUAGAAUGUUGCUCAAUGUAACAGAUACCCAGUGAAAUAAACAAACAAAUAUUUUUGAUAAUAUUAACUUGUAAACAUGUAGACUUGAAGCAUGAAAUGUUUAAUCGACUAUAGUAUCUAAAUAACAUGAUGAAUGGUAGAAAUUGAAAGAUCACCCCAAGAUGAUUAAAAGAAAUUAGAGCUUCUAAAUGUUUUAUUUAUGCUUUGUUGAUAAAUUUUAUUUUUCAGAUUAUGUUUACUUCUUUCACUAGACCAAAUCAGUUUUGGCAUACCAAUCAUCCGAAUUAUUCCUUUCGAUUUCUAGGGGGUGGUUAGACUACUGUUUGACUUUGUGUCAUAUGUCUGUCACCAAUUUGGUUAUAGGUUUUGACGAUACAGAUUAGAACGUGUCUGUUUGGUGGGAUUUUGUCUUGGUUCUUUUCUUCCUAUUGCCAAAGAUUAUGGAAUUAAAUACCAUGUUUUAGUUCUUUCUGCCAUCCUUUUUCGAUCUUUCAACUAAUUCGGAUUUAAUACUGGUAAUAAUGAUCACUUGAUUUAAGAAUAUUUUGAAGAGAUUGCAGUGUUUUUAUGAAUUAAUGCUUCCACACGUUUGUAUUAAGUAUUGGUUGGUAUGAUCGAGUAAUUUACGUAUUAGGACUACAUAUAUAAUUAUAAUGUAUGUAUCAGUGAAUUGCCCCAAUGAAAGAAUCUCAUCAGAUUUGUUUCUAAUAUCUUUGCAUGUUAUAUUGUAUAAAUUUUUUUAAAAUACCAUUUGUAUGAAAACAAUUUUGGAAAUAACUAAACUAGCACAGAAUUAACCUCACUUGUACUCUUGUAGUACCAUUUGUAUAUAUAAAAAAAAUUGUGAAAAAUUUAGGCACUACUAAUAACAACACUAGCACAGAAUAACAUUAUUGAGAAUUAUUGUUAAGUUUUCAUCUGAUUUUUUUAUCCCCCCGCCUUUCGAAGAAAGCAGGGGACUAUUAAAAUGGGUUCAUCCGUUCGUCCGUCUGUCUAUCUGUCUGUCAUACUUUUUGGGACAAAAUAACUCUUUCUAAUUGAGCUAGAAUGUUCAAACUUGGUGUAGGUGUUUAUUAGGUCAAUACCUUGAUGGAGUUCGAAGAUGAGCAUUUUCUGCGUAGGGUAAGCAGAGAGAAGCAAUUUGAUUGGUUGAUGCUUUGGGACACGAUAACUUUAGUUCUAAUUAAGUGAGAGUGAUGAAACUUAGUGUAUAGUUUCAUUACAUCAAUACCUUGACUAAGUUCGAUAAUGAGAAUGUUCUGCUCAUGGUAAGCAGAGCGAUAAGCAAUUUGAUUGGUCAAGGCUUUGGAACACACUAACUCUCCUUCUAAUUGAGACAGAAUGUUCAAACUUGGUGUAGGCGUUCAUUAUUUGAAUGCCUGGAUGGAGUUCGAUGAUGAACAUUGUCUGCUGAUGGUAAGCAGAGAUAAGCAAGUUCGAAGGUGCGAAUUUUCUGCUUAGGCUAAGGAGCGAUAAGCGAUUUGAUUAGUCAAGACUUUGGAACAUAACAACUCUGCUUUUAAUGGAGGUAGAAUGUUUAAACUUGAUGUAGAUGUUCAUUAGGUGAAUGUCUUGACUGAGUUCAAUGAUUAACAUUUCGAGCUAAAGCUAAGCAGAGCUAAUCAAUUUCAUUGGUGGAUGCUUUGGGACAAGAUAAUCUUGAUUCUAUCUGAUAGAGAGUGAUGAAACUUAGUGUAUAGUUUGAUUGCUCGAUACUUUUGAAAAAAAUAAAUGUGCAAUUAAUUAUUAUGUGUCUUCUAGUUAUUUUGGGAUUUCGGCGGGGGACAUCAGCCUCACUGUUGGCUUGUUUUUUGGGGGGGGUUUCCAGAGAUUUUUAUUAAGAAAUCGUUAAAAUGAAUAUUUGACUCAUUUUUGUUAGGUAUAUAUUGAAUUUGAAUACUAGACUUAUGUAAAGUUUAUUAACUGCAAGGAAAGCAGGCACAUCCAUCCAAUUGCUUAGAUAACUCUCUAAUGCAGGUCAAAUUUUGUUCAGAACAUUGGAUAACUUAUACUUAUACAUUUUGUUCAGAACAUUGGAUAACUUAUACAUAUAGAGAGUUAUCUAAGCAAUUGGUCAAUUUUAAAAUCUUGAUUUACUGACAAAAACUGGACAGUGUAGAUCCAACAUUAUGAGUCGAGUUGACAAUAAUUAUCACAAUAUUGUUACUUACCGUUAGUGUUUUAUAGAAAUGCCAUUAUCUGUUGAUAUUCUUUGUGUAUAUGUGGUGUUAAAAGAUUUAGAAUACUCUUAGUAUGUCUUUGUUGUAUAUAUAUAUAGGCUUGUACAUUUACAAGAAUAAUGCUAUAUUUAAAUUCUUGAACAAUAAUUGUUGUGGAUCUUUUGUCAGUGAAUGAGAAAAUAAAGAUUCAAAAUAUC